AUGCUAGAAUUAACUCAUUUAUCAACGCUUUUGGUUGAACCUUUAACAACCAGCAAUAGAUAUCUAAUUAUUAUUUAUUUAUGCGUUUGUUUAGUCAGUCAAUUCGGAAUGAUUCCUGAAAAAAUUGCAGGUUUAAGGAAAACCUCCAUUGCAGAUUAUGCCAUUGAAAACGUUGCACUUAUUGGAAAAUGUAAAGUCAGACAAACAUUUGAAGAAACUGUUGACGUGAUAACAGUCGUCACGAUAUUUGGUAAAAGUUUGGAUGUCUCUAUGGGUCUUCUGCAGAAGAACUAG